ACUCGAUGCUUUCAUUAUUUCAAAAUUCUAGGUUUUUUACAUCAGGCUCUACAGAUUCUUCUCAAAAUAUUAGCAUUGUUUCAUUAAAUCUUACUACUGAACUUCUUAAAACUGCUAACAAUCUAAAUUCAACGAUAAACCUAUCAAUUUUAAGAAAACACACUAUUGAAGACAACAAUAAGGAUCAUGAAAUAAAACGAAGAAAAUUAUUCAAUAAUG